AGUUUCAUCGCUACUGGCAGGUCUGAGGGCGGCCGUUCCCCGGAGCGCCUCAUCUGGCAGGCAAUAAGCAUCUGCCCGCCAAGUAACGCCUCCGGCGAGCAAUCGAGUUCGCCGCUAGAGCGUCUGAACACUGGGACGCUCUGGCGAGCGCCGCACAUUCUUCUCUGUUGUCUGGUCCGUCUCUUUGGCUGCGUGUGACACUGUCGCGAGCGGAGCGGUCGUGCGGACUCCGCCAUGAUGAACAGCGGAGGAAUCGGAAUGCCGCUGGGUUUUCCUUUGGGCCCCACAUCUGUCAUCCAGGUCACGAACCUGUCCUCGGCGGUAACCAGUGAGCAGAUGCGGACUCUCUUCGGUUUCCUGGGAGAUAUUGAGGAGUUGCGUCUCUAUCCCCCAGACAACGCACCUCUUGCUUUUUCUUCCAAAGUAUGUUAUAUUAAGUUUCGUGAGGCAUCAAGUGUUGGUGUGGCCCAGCAUCUAACUAACACAGUUUUUAUUGACAGAGCUUUGAUAGUUGUGCCCUGUGCUGAAGGUAAAAUCCCAGAUGAAGCCAAAGCCCUUUCUCUAUUGGCACCUGCUCCUACUAUGACAAGCCUGAUGCCUGGUGCAGGGUUGCUUCCUAUACCUACACCAACCCCUUUGACUACACUCAGUGUUUCACUUGGCAGUUUGGGGGCAAUAUCAGCAGCAUCAUUGGACCCUAACAUUACAGCACUGGGAGAAAUACCACAGCCACCAGUUAUGGGGAAUGUGGAUCCAUCCAAAAUUGAUGAAAUCAGGAGAACUGUCUAUGUUGGAAACUUGAAUUCACAGACUACAACAGCAGAUCAACUGCUUGAAUUCUUUAAACAAGUUGGAGAAGUCAAAUUUGUGCGAAUGGCAGGUGAUGAGACACAACCAACACGGUUUGCUUUUGUGGAAUUUGCAGACCAAAAUUCUGUACCACGAGCUCUUGCCUUUAAUGGAGUUAUGUUUGGAGACAGGCCACUGAAAAUAAACCACUCCAACAAUGCAAUAGUGAAGCCUCCUGAAAUGACGCCACAAGCUGCUGCCAAAGAACUGGAAGAAGUGAUGAAGAGAGUAAGGGAAGCCCAGUCUUUCAUAUCUGCUGCUAUUGAGCCAGAGUCUGGAAAGAGCAGUGAAAGAAAAGGCAGUCGAUCUCGUUCCCAUUCUCGUUCAGAAUCCAGGUCUAGCUCAAAAUCCCAGUCUAGAAGGAAAAGAUCACAUUCAAAACACAGGAGUAGAUCUGGUAACAGAUCAAUCUCAAGACACAAGGACCGAUGCAAAUCCAGAAGUCCUCUGAAAAAACGGUCUAGAUCUAGGGAAAGGCAGAAAUCAAGUAGUCGCUCUCAUUCUCGGGAAAAUAAGAGAGACAAAGAAAAGGUCAAGGAAAAAAAGACCAAAGAAAAGGAGAAAGAGAGAGAUGGAGAGCGAAACAAAGAUCGAGAGAGUGUUGGAGACAAGGAUAAGGACCAAGAUAGGGACAGAGACAAGGAAAAGGAGAAAGAUAAGGAGAAGGAAAAAGACAGGGAAGAAGUACACCAGAACAAGGAAAAAGAAGAUAUUAAGGAAGGGGGGGUAAAAGACAGAGAGAAGGUGAAGGACAAAGAGGGAGAUAAGGAUAAAGGAGGGGACAAAGAGAAAGAUAGAGACAAAGAAAAGGAAAAAGAUGGGGAUAAGUUGAAGGAGCAACAAAAAGGAACAGAUGAUGAAAGAAAGAAAGAGAAGCGAUCCAGAACACCCCCAAGAAGCUAUAGUUCUUCAAGAAGAUCUUGCAGCUCCAGCAGAGAAAGACAUAAAAGGAAGAGUAGAAGUCCUUCCAAGUCUCCUAAAACAUCCAAAGCAACAAAAAGAAAGUCUUCGCAAACUCCUUCUCCAAUAAGAAACAAGAAAGAAAAAAAAAGAGAAAGGGAUACAAAUAAUGAAAGAAGAGAGAGAGAAUGUUCCACCUCCAAGAAAAAAAGUGAUAAAGAAAAAGGUAGAAAGGAGCAAUCUGACCAAAGCACCACUACUUUGAAGGACAAAGAUCACAAGGAUCAAAAUUCAGAAACUGUCAAGGAAGUAGACAACAGAGAUACACAAAGGACAGAUAAAAUCAAAUUACAACAGAAUGGGAACUCUCAACCAAAUGAAGAAAGCCUCUCAAUUAAAAUGGAAGAGGUUUAGAGCAAAGAAUGGACGUUUGACUCAACUAAGGAAUGAAAUCCAAAUAUUUUUAUUUCCCAGAAUGAGGAAGAAAAUGUCAAAACAAUCAACUUGAAUAUGUUGAUAGUACUAGUAGCUCUUCCAAUUCUUUUGAUAACUUUUUUGUCGUCAUACUCUAAAGCAAGAGAGCACGGACCAGUAGUUAUACCAUAAAAAGGCAGAUGUUAUCAGAACUAUUAGUCUAAAAAUACAUGCAUUUCUGUGAUGGCUGUACUUAUUUGUAAAAUGAUUUAUGUUAAGUCUUGUUGUAAGCUAUUCCAAAUAAAUAGAAACUCAAAGAUGUAAACCUGUCCUAUCAAAAAAAGUUGAUAUGCAUUGAAGGUUGUUUAAAAUAUUGCUUGUUGAUGAAUUCUGUAUUGUCUUACCUUAUAGGUUAAAAAAUCCACAAAAACAAUAUGUACUGUUUAUUCUUGGAAGUGGUGUGUAAGUAUAUAUAUUUUCUUUUGUUGCAAAUGGCAACUAUAGAAAAAGGGUUUUUAAACAUAAACAAAGUUUUAUGGUUAUGUUUAAUGCCCACUGACUGCUAUGUUUUUCAUUUGCUGAUUGCUUGAGUUUCUUGGGGUUUAUUAUUUAAAACAAUUUCUUACUAAUAUUCCUAAAACAAAUAUUUCUUUUAAAGUAUUUGAGAAGUGCAUGCUACUUUCCUGUUCUUAAAAGGAAUAUUGUGAUAUUAUAGAUAAUAGGUUAGCUUAUUGGAUUAUUUUGGGGUUUGGUUUUGUUGUUUUCUUUGCUCCUUCCAGAAGUGAGCACACCUGUAUGAUAUUAUCAGACGUUAUAUCUUUGUUUUGAGACAUACUGCAGUGUCUGUUCAGUUGCAAAUAGUACAGGUGCCACUAUGAAAAUAUUUUUUUUAUUAAAAAAAAAAAACAACAAACGAGAGCACAAGCAAAAGCUUUAGUGCCUUCUUAAAAUGUGGUAUUUUCUAGAAAUAUAUAUGUGAUAAUACUCCUUUUCAGCUAAAUCUUACAUGUUCUCUUUUGCUAUUUUGCCAUCACCAUACUGUAGACAAGACUAAGUGAUUUGUCAGAAUGGUUGCUUAAUUCACUUGUUAAAAUAUUUAAGUUCCAUUUUUAUUUUUUUAUUUUUAGAAGAGAUUUAUAGGUGAAAGCAAAGAUUAAUUUUGGGGACCACCAGUGUACUAAAGUAGCAUCUGAAUACAAAGUAUUUUUUGAUCACCUACAUCAGACAGCCCUUUAGACAUUUGAUCUACAUUUGGAUGGCUUUAAUCAUUACCUCUCCAUCAUUUUCUCUAAUACCUGUUGAGUGAUAUCAAAGGAAUUGUACUGAUGGGGGGACAAAUAAUUUGGGGAAAAAUGUUCUAAUUUACAAAGGAUUUGUAUGGUAGGUUUUGUGUUUUUUUUUUUCAUUCUUUGGGGAGAAAGCAUGUAAGAAAGAGAAUGAAAAGCAAAUAUUUUUGUCAAGUCAAAAUAUGACUUGUGCUAUUUGAACUAAUCAGUUUCAUCAUUGUGAGAUGUCUUAAAGUCAUAUCUUUAGAACUUGUACCUAAUCAAGUAGAUUAUUUUUAAUACAACUUAAUGCAAUCAAAUGACUAUAUUGCCUUAAUUCAUGGGAAGAAUUUAUUUCAGUUAAAAGCAAGAAACAAAACAAACAACAACAAACAAAACCAACAGUUUCUUUUCAUUUGCAUAGUUAAUUCUUAUGGAAGGAAAAUCAAAACACAGUAAAGGGAAUGAGAAAUAAGCCCAAUUUAUAAGGUAAUGAAACCCAAUUUGACAGUGAAGCUGAUUAAUUGUUCUUAUUUUUUGUAGGAUUUAAUGUUCUUGCCACUGUGUCCAUUUAAGACUAGAAAGUGCUUUACCGUAUAAAGUAUAGACAGUAAUUUUUGUAAUAUUUAAGCCAUAUGCUGUUGGCUGGUAAACAGCUUAUUCUGAUUAAAAAAUAAAUAAAUCUGUAUGCUUAUGGAAAGACUGUGAAGUAUCAUGUCUUGCAACAACAGCUGUCUUAUAAUGUGUAAGUAGCAUAAAGCAAAGAGAUUGUAUACUUGUUAUCUUUGGCACCGUUUCACUAAUAAAAUUAGGUAUUUUAGAGGGAAGUUUCUGUUGGCAUGUACAUAUUAAAGGAAUAAUUUUAGUUGAUCAUCUGGUCUUAUUCAGGUAGUUAUUUUGAUUUGAAAUGUGGAUACAAGUGAAAAUAUACAUAUAUUAUUUAUAAUAUCUUAAAAAAGCUAAGUUUCUCCUCUGAGAGAAAUUAGAAUUCUUGGAGCAUAUUGUGUUUCAGUUACUUAGUUUGAUUUCCUGCAUUUUGUUAUUCUAAAAUUGCAUAGCUUUACUAUAUAGCAGUUACAUAAUUUAAUAUGUAAAGGAUUGUGCACAGAAAAGUAUAAGAAAAAAUACCUUAAAAAAAUGAUAAUUAAGGAUGGCAGCCUUACUAGCUAAUUUAUCACAUGUAAGUCCAUAUGCAACAUAUUAUGUCAUAUUCUGUGUGAAUUAAAGGUUAGUUUAGAAAAAAGUUUUAAAGACCAAAAGGAGGGGGGGAGGAAAUACACCAAAUACACACACUUACUCCACACCCCAAGCCAUACCUUUAUAUUUUCUAGUUUUGCUUUGCACAUACUUUGCAGAUUUGUGAGGGUUGUUAAGUUAUAUGUAUUUGUAUUAGGGGGUUUACAGUUCUCCUCUUCCUAAAAUGCUGCCACUAGAGAACUAAUGUUCUGCAAAACACCUGUCUCCAUAGAGGUAGAUCAUUUUUAAAUCAGUAGUGUAGCACAGUAAUGAAGUUCAUGCUUGCUUCACCAGGAUUGUGUAAAUUAAUUGUGUUUGUGCUUGCUCCACACAUUAAAUGUGUCUAUCUUUCACUGGAAGCCCAUUAUCUUCAUUGUAAUAAGUUUGCAUGCUGAGCUCCAAUGUCAGGUUGUUUGGGUUUGCACUUUAUAAAAUAGAUGAAAUUAAGCAAAGAUUUUGAGAACAGCAUAAUUCAUUAUAGCUGUAGUGUUUUUAAAUGUAAUUUUAUUUGAGUCGGCCUUUAAUUGAAAAUGUUGUGACUCAUAAGUCAGCUCAGAAAAGUAACAAUAUGGUGCCAUUUUGCUAAGAGCAUUUAAAGCACAUAUGCAGAAGCUUCCAUUAAUGACCACAGUUAUUUCAUAACUGUUUCUGGAUAACAGAUAGGAUUUUUCUUUGGAUUUUAAAAGGGGAAGGUAGAAGAAGACAGUUGUUGGUGGAUGAAACAGGAAUCCAAGCUCAAAAUAGAGGUGACUGUUACUCAAAUAAAUUCAGUGAAGUCAAUAAGUUUACACAGGUAUGAGGGAUGAAAAUAAGCUCACAAACAUUGAUAUUAACAUGGUGUUAAAAAACAAAAACAAAAAAACACCACUUUUCCAGAUUUCAGAAUUGUAACUAAGUGGGGGGGACGACAUCUCAUUUGGAAACUAGAAACAUCGAAAGAAUGCCUGAGAAACUGGUGAGAUAUGGGUUCUGUCUACUCAUUAGUCACCUGCUAAUUUUUGAUAGCAAUUUCAGAUAGAUACAUCUAGCUUUAAAUUAGUCAGCUGGCUAACAGCAGCAACCUGCACACAGCUUGGUUCUAGAAUGAACUGACCUCUUGAGUGAAUUUACUCUGCUGCUAAAAAGAUAAAUUCUGCAGUCUGUAUCAUGCUCUGCGUUGUUUGUUAUUUGUUUGCUAGUUUUUCACCACAGAUGCAUCUAAGGCAAAACUUGGAGUUAAUUUGGAACUCUGCAAAUCUAUUUGUUAUAUGGUAGCUUCUCUGUGUUGCCUUUAGCUUUUACUGACACUUUGUAAUGGUUAUUAGAUUUAGGGAUUCUUUGUUAUUUUUCUUCUGGUUUAAGCAAGAGAUAAGUAAAGGCGGCUUUAUAUGAUACAAAUUCUUAUGUACUGCAUAUGCGUCUUUAUUCGUGUUUUCAGACUUUUUUCAUUCAUGUGUAUGACCAUUGAAAGCAGUAAUACUAUAGUGAUGUGUGUAUUUUCUACUUGUAGGUCUGAAGCAUCUCUAAAUCACUCAGUUUGUAAUGAAACAAGAUUCGAGUUCAUGCAUUUUAAUUUUACUAUUCAUUCAUUUGGGAGAGAGGAGACUAAUCAUCUUGAUUUCCAUAAAUGUUAGUCUGAAAGUAGAAUUAUAACAGUAAAACAACUUCUACAUACGUGAAUUCUGAACAAUGGAGUAUUGCAAAUUGGGGCAUAUUAUGGGUCCAACAUACCACUUGGUGAUACUAAGUUUUAUGUCAAUGGAUUAUUGCCUUUGGCAUUGUCAUAAUCUUGAAAGUGUGAAUUGGACUUAGUGAUGCAUGCUCUGAUCUCUAAAUGGCCAAAAUGAUGUAAACUUAGUUAAGAUAGAUUUAGUUGUCUCACCAGAAAAUGGAGUGUGGACAGUUGAAAUCUGUAAAUACUGUUAGUGCUGUUACCUAAAGAGAAUCUAAAACUUAGUUUUUGUUUGCUAAUAUGUAAACAAACAAACAAAAAAGUUUUCAGCCUGUACCUUAGUUUUAUUUUUGUACGUUGAAAAGUAAUUAAAAUAAUAUUGAAAACAAAA